AUGAAAAUAGUUAAAACAUUGAAAGGAAACAGCAACAGUUCUAUCAAGGUUUUGGAUAAAAGGCGAAAUCCAAAUGGGAAGGGGGCGCUCUUGAAGGAGUUUCGUGUAAUGGAACGAUCAACACAUAACAUUCUUGAUUCAUAUGAAUCAACUGAGAAUGCCUUGAUGGAUUCCUUCAAAGCAGCAGCCUUGAAGGUCACUACGCUAUACAAAGAUUCUCUUGUACAAAACAGAAAAGCGUAUGCAGCAGGAUAUCAACAAGCAUUACAAGAUUUGUAUGAAUUUAUUAGCAAACAUCCAGAGAAUGGAUAUGUUCCUGUACAGGAGGUACUCUAUUUUGCAAGACAAAGAAAUAAUCAACUCAAUGCAGAAAUGACUUGUAAUGUCUCAAUUGCUGGUCAUAAUAACAAUCAUAGCCAUAAUGCACAACAUACAAAUAGCAACCAUUCACAAAAAAUAGAAGAUAUACAGCAACAAAAAAUGAUGAAUAAUCCAUUUCAGAUUGAUCCUCAUACCCAGUUUACGUUUACACAUGAUAUACCUAAUAUGAGGCCAAUGGAAGGAUUAUGGGAUCAGAAUAACAAUAUUGUAAAUGAUGGAAUGAAACGUAGAUUUGGACCUAAUGAACUCAUGUUUAUGGGAAGAUCUAUGAAUAUGGAUAUAUAUAAUAAUAGUAAUAAUAAUAAUGAACCACCAUUCAAACGAACUAAAUCAAGACGUGAUGAGCAACAACAACAACAACAACAGCAAUUUCCAUUUGAUUUGCCUGACCAGCUAUAA